AUGCCAACGAGUAAAUUCAAGAAUUUUGAUAACGAGGUUGGAAGCAUACUUUUAAAUUAAAAUGAGGGCGGUUAAGCACACAAUGGGAACAUGCCGGGUAUCAAUACCAGUUCUUAGCAUGAUCUUAUAAACUCUUUUGAGUAUGGCAGCAUCAAGAAUUAUAUUGAGAAUCAGUAAAAAAGAAGACUAUAGUAAUUGACAAAGGAUUAGUUUUUAAAUCUAAACUAUCAUAAGAGGAAAUCAAUUAUCCAAAAGAAACUAGAUGAAAAAUAAAAUGAGAUCGUCAACGAUCAAACCAUGAGUUUCUUUAUUAAGAAGUGUUUCAGUGGAAAUAUAACUCCUAAAAAGGUGACUAGAGAUGAAGAUGGGUAAAUUAGCUAUAUUCCUACUGUCUCUCCCUUGUUAGGUCAUAAAAAAUCAUCUGUGCCAUUCAUAGAAGAGUAAUUUCAUUAGAAGCUGCUAAAGUUUAAUUACCCUCAGAUUUUUACUAAAAAUUUUAGAGCGAAAGAACUAGAUAAAUCUUUUGAAAAACUAUCAAUGCCUUAAAAGUAUUAAUUAUUAGAAAGUGUCAUAAAUUAUCUUGACCAGGAUUUUAUGGAAUUAAGAGAUUAGAACGAGGUUUCAAGAAAAGAAUUUGUUAAGAAGAUGCAAGAAGAAAGAUUAAGACAGCUCUAUAAGAAAAGAGAUCCUUCACCCUCUGAUGUUCUCGUUCCAAUAAAGUAAAUGAAAAAGAGAAACAUAAAUCAGAGCGGAAGUUUAUCAGUAAUCAAAAGAAAAAAUAAUACAUUCUUUCUCCAGAGAGACUUAGGUUUUGAUGGAAAAAAUAAUGAUAGGUUUAUGGAUGAUGGUAGAAUAGCUCAUCAUAGGAGUAAAGCUAUGGCUAGUUGA